GUGCUAUCAAAAAUUAAUUAAGGUCGGACUCGGGAUUCAAGUUUAAACAUGGCUGCCAAUAAACCUGGUGAACAUGUGGAGAGGAAAUCAAAAACACUUUUUGUACGAAAUUUGUCGUUUUCGGUUACAAAUGAAAAAUUCGAAGCAUUAUUCAGUGAAGUGGGGCCGGUCAGAACGUGUUUUGUUGUGAAAGAUAAAGAUUCUCAGAAGAGUAAAGGUUUUGGCUAUGUUACAUAUUCCAUGUUUGAAGAUGCUGAAGCAGCGGUAUCAAAAAUCAUGUCACUUGAUGGAAGGAGACUCUUUGUGCAAUUUGCAAAUAAAAAGAAAAAAGAGAAGAGGAAGCCAAAAGUAAAGGUCGAAGAAAACACAGAGGAGGAAUCGGAUGAGGACAGUGAUGAGGAGAAACCACCACAGUAUCCUCGUAUUGCUGAAGUUGAGGCACAAAGGACCCACAGUCAGCAGGAGUUGAAGUAUCUUCGAGCUAAGACUCUGGUUAUCCAAGGCUGGUCCUCGGAUCACUCCCAGACAGACGUGGAGGAUGUCAUGGCAAAACUGAAUGUGAAGAACAUUGCCAAGAUCAAGUUUCCGGCCCCUGACCGACAGCCCCCCUGUGCAUUGGUACGGUUCAAAUCCAUCAGAGACACGAACAGGGCACUCCGAAAGAUAGACGGAAAGGAAGUCAAAGGAUGUGCACUGAAGGCUUGUCAGCUCAGUAAGGAAUCUACUACUCCGGUUACACCACCCAGUAAACCACAAAACACAGCCAGAAAGGCCAGGUUGAUCAUCAGAAACCUCUCAUUUAAGUGUUCUGAAGAGAAGUUGAAGGAAACCUUUGAAAAGUUUGGGGAAGUAACAGAAGUGCAAAUUCCAAAAUUGAAAAAUGGAAAACUGCAAGGGUUUGGAAUUGUUCAGUUUAAGGAGGUAGACGAUGCAUCUAAGGCGAUGGCAGAGAUGAAUGCAAAACCAAUUUUAAAUCGCCCAGUAGCAGUGGAUUGGACCAUUCCUAAGGACAAGUAUGAAGCGAAAAUGUUUAAAACACAGCGUGACGAUGAUCUCCAAGAGACAGAUGAAAAGGAAGUGAAUGGAGAAGGAAAACCAAACAAGAAAACAUCUAAACCGGAAAAUAGUGUCUCGAACCAGAAAAAAAAGAUAAAGAGAGAAGAAAGCAGUAAGGAAUCAGAUUUUGAAGAAGAGAGUGAAAGUGAAGAGGAUUCUGAAAUGGAAGAAGUAAAGGGAGAAAACUCUGAGUCUGAAGAAGAGUCUGAAAAUGAGGACUCAGAUGAUGAUGAUGAUGAUGAGAGUUCAGAGAGUGAGGAUGACACACCUGCAAAGCAGGGCAAAAGAAAUGUUCACCACAAAAACGAUGUUGGGGAGGGCAGGACAUUGUUUAUACGAAAUGUGCCAUUUGACAUCGAUGAAGAGAGUUUAGAAGAUGAAUUUUCAGAGUACGGAAAAAUUAACUAUGUGAAGAUAGUUGUCAAUCCUAAAACAGGACAACCGAAAGGUACAGCUUUUGUACAAUUCAAGACUCAAAAAGAGGCAGAAAAAUUCCGAUCAGCGGCAGAGGACAAUGAUGAAGGAAUAGUAAUUGAUGGAAGAAGACUGGUUGUCAUGGAGGCAUUAGACAGACAGAAGGCACAGGCACUGUCAGGUCAAAAAGAAAAGGUCAAAGAGGACAAGAGAAACCUGCAUCUAGUGCGAGAAGGAAUGAUUCGACCUGGAACACAGUCAGCUAUAGGACUCUCCAAGGAAGACCUACUCAAGAGGACAAAGCUGGAGAAUGCGAAGCGGGCCAAGUUAAAGAACCCCAACAUCUUUGUAUCGACCACCCGUCUUAGUGUACACAACAUUCCUACACAGGUGACGGACAACCAGCUUAAGACGAUGUUCCUAAAGGCCGCCGACAGCAAAGCAGCAGUAAUCACAGAGUGUCGUAUUAUGCGGGAUUCAGACGGGAACAAUAAAAAGAAGCUUGGAAAGUCUCGAGGUUUCGCCUUUGUUAACUUCUCUUGUCAUCAGCAUGCCCUGAAUGCUUUGAGAAACACCAACAGCAGUGCAGACUUGUUUGGAGAGAAGAAGAGAUUGAUAGUUGAAUUUUCCCUGGAAAACAAAGCAGCAUUAGAAGCGAAAGAAAAGCGCUUGGAAAGACAUAAGGCACGUUUGGAGUCUUUGAAAAAAGCAAAAGAAAAGAAGACUCCCACAGAAUCAACAGAGGAAUCGAAGUCGAAGAAGAAGCAGAAAUCCCAAGGUUCAAAGAUCGUGGACAAGUUUAUAGGAUCUUUACCUGUCAAAGAGGAUGUUAAGAAAUUACCUAAGGGUCUUCCCUCCCACUGGGGGCCCAAAGUCCGGCACAAACCUCGACCUGCUGUGACUACGACCAGCAAAAAGUCCAAGAAUCAGGCAUCCAAACGCAAGUGGGAGGAGCCAAAGAAUGUAUCGGGACAACAGGUGAAAACAACAAAACCCAAGAAAAGGAAAACAGAUAGUGUGGAUGACUUUGAUAGACUGGUCAACAAGUAUAAACAGAAUAUGUUGACAAAAUCGGACAAAUCCAAAUGGUUCGACCGGUGAUCAUGAUGUGCAGUGGAGGAUUUAUGGGGAAGUUUGCAUUCUAUUUCAAUGGGAGGGGUUCUAAAAGGACAUUUACUCUUGAUUUUAAUGAAGGUUUUUUUAUGAUUAAUCCCAUUUAUGUUCCAAUGUUCGUGCAAAAUGAAAAAUUUAACACUGAGACAAUGUCUGUGCAAUGUUGAUUACAUUAAUACAUGUAUGUUCAUAGUUUAUUCAUUGUGAUGAACUUGUAUUUAUGUAAAAUUGAUAAUUAUUAUAAAAUUCAUAUUGAACAGGUUGGGAAAAGAUCAUACAUGAUCAUGAAAAAGUGGUAUUAAAAUGUGACAAGCAAA